ACAAAAUGAAAUCAGAGAUGGAUGGAAAUUUAAAAAUCAGUCUAGCUUGUUUGCGCUGUAGAGCAAAAAAGAGUAAAUGUACUUCCUCAGAUAAUAAUACAGACGGUCGCUGCGACGCUUGCUCCAAAGCUAGUUUACAUUGUGAAUGGCCAUCUGGUAGACGUAGAAAACGCACCCGUAAGGAAAUGGAGGCUGCCCGCCAGAAAGACUCAGACCAGACAACUUCACCCCUGAAGGAUCUCAAUCUCAUGCAGGCAGUUACCUCUCAAGUAGCUUACAUAGACGACGGUGGCGGUGGUGACGAAAUAAAGGUUUACUAUUAUAGAAUGGUCCGUCUGAAUAAUCAAUGAGCAUAAUCUAACCUUAAAUAGUCUGGUUCUACUGCAUUACAUCCUGGUCUCAACCGAAUCUGUAUAAGACUCAAACAAAAGCCGAUCAAACAACAAAUGGUGCCUCAAAAUGUGCUCCUUAACGGCUUACCUAACAUUCCCAACACAUCAAGUAACGCAUUCUUUGAUCCAAUAUCAAAAUUGCCAACACCUCCAACUUAUGGACCUUUACUCGACAUAUUCUUUCGUGACUUGGUCCAAUUUUUCCCUUUUCUUGAAAGAGGCAGCGUUGAAACCAGAUUACAGAACGGCACAAUGUCUGCAUUUCUCAUAAAUGCAAUAUGCGCUAUAGCCGUCAAAUUUGCGCUCCCCGAAGGUAUGACACCAGUCCAAGCGAGUAUGCCAUUCAUGCAACAAGCAAACUCACUUUUGAUUGAACUCUUGAGACUUCCUACAACGGACACUGUAUCUGGUCUUCUGCUUUUGAGCUAUUGUGAAUUCGGUCAGAAUUCUGAAAGCGGCCUUUGGCAGUUCUCUGGCAUGGCUAUCCGUAUGGCCUUUGAUUUAGGUUUACAGAAUAGUACCGAUGACUCCCUCUUUGAGUCUCCUGAAGAAGCACGCCGUGCUAGACUUCUUUUCUGGACACUUUUCGUCAUGGACAGGGUCCUGGCGUUCGGUACUGGCAGACCUUCCUCAAUGUCAGAAGACGUUGAAAUAUCCCUACCUGAGCCACCUCAUCAACCACCUUUACCUGCUUUUAUUCCAUUUGCACCCCCAAACCAUAUACCUUGGUGCUUCCCUGCUGCUGUUCGAAUUAUUAUAUUAGUCGGACGAAUUAGCGAUUCUCUAAACCGCAGAGAUGCAUUAAGGCGGCGUAAUUCUAAUGAUACUCAAGACGUUGAAGUCCAAAACAAUGAGCGUAGACAGCUACUCGAAAAUCAACUCAAAGAAUUCUAUGCCGACCUACCACAAGAGCUCAACUGGUCAGUUGAAAAUCUUAAAAUGCACGCUGCUAAUGGCCAAGGUGGUCUGUAUCUUUUUAUUCAUGUCUGGUAUAACGCAGUCCUUGCAUUCGUGCAUCAACAUCAAACACCCGGAACCGUUGUCACAAAAGACACAUUUAAAAUCUCACUCAGUUCAGCACAGAUGAUAUCAGAAUAUCUUGUCUUUGCAGACCUCUUUACCAAUCAGAGUUACUUAGCCUCUCCAUUUAUCUCACAACCGCUUUUUAUUGCUGCAUGUGCAUUUAUUCAUGACGCAAGAGUAAAUCACAAUGUAUCCUUAGGACCAAUAAAGAAGUCGGCAGAGACAAAUACACCUCUAUCUGUUCCGGACCUCCAGAAUGACAAGGGAGUUGGUCUUCUUGGUACAAUCUCAGCUCAGAACUUCUUGAUAAUUUACAAAGCAUUGCGGAGAAUGACCUGGCCGUGGCAAGGUAUAGGCUAUAUUGUUAACUUAUUAGAACAAAGAGCAUCAGUUAGUGGUUUAGAUCAAGUUGACUUUUCAGCGACUUCCGACGCCAUUCAAUCCUUUAUUUCCUUACCAGAUAGUGGUAUCGUACAGAAGCAUUCAAAGACACCACCACAAAACCCUUCACCACCAACCACGACGACAGCAACCCAACCGACCGCUACAUCCACAAUUGCACCAGUGAUGGAAUAUGAAACGACAGUUGCUACUAAUAUUACGAACUCCAAUAACACCGAUAGUCUCGAUACCAACUCAUCAC